AUGGACGGGUCGUUACGCGCGGUGUUCCUCGCAUUCGCGACUAUCGCGAUCGCGGUCGCGCGUUCUCACAUGUCGCCUCCCUCACAUGAUAACAUACUACGAAUACAACUAUGGGACGCCGAAGGGCUGAGUCGGGAAGCUAUCAAUGAAACGCCAACAACAGUUAAAAAUCACAAGCUAAAAGUUAAUUUGGAAACUUUGUAUGAUGCGAUGAUGGGAGAUGAGUAUCAUGGUGCGGAAAGGUUUGCGAGGCACAAAGUCAGGCACAAAAGAAGAAGACCUAGGCAAAGUGGGACUGACCUCCCAUGGAGGUUCCACUCGGGCACAGGGUUGAGGAACGUCGAGGUGUAUAACUACGAUGUGCCAUGGGACGUGAUAGAGGAUAAUUAUUCAAGCGUGUAUACAAGUGCUGUGAGUGAUGCCAGUGCCCCAGUGAAUGUUGAGAGGGAAGUGUCUCCUCCGAUGACGCUGCGACAGGAUGAUGAGGUAAAC